UAUCUAUCAAUUGGUGAACUAAUUGACGACAACUGGAGUUCUGAGUCGAGACGAGAGAGAGAGAGAGAGAAAGAGAGAGAGAGAGAGAGAGAGAACUCGUAUUCAUAGCUUCACUCUUAACCCAAAUAUUUUCUGCCAAACUCUCGACUCGUUUCGCUUUUGUUGAAGACAUGAAUCCGAGCGAUAAGUCCAUAAAACAGUCAAAUUCAUCGCUAAAUGAAGACUUUUGGGCAGAACUGGACGCCAUCAGUGAGAGUGAUGUGGAUGUCUCCCAAAGUUACAGUGAGUUGGAUGAAGACAACUCUCCCAACAAGUCGUUAGAAGAUCUGGCAGAAGCCGAUUGGCUCAGAGAGGCUGGUCUUCAAGAUAUCAUACAUUCAUUAAAAGACGAUUCUCUGACGAGUACUUCGACUUCUUUGGAUGAUUUGCUGAGGAAUUCAUUGCCAAUAGCCUUAACCGAAAGGCAGACAAAUACCGUGCGAAAGAGAUUUAAUACAUUGCGCUCAACAAUCAUCAAACAAAAGGCACACAAUAAAAGAGGUCAAGAAGUGGUCCAAAUCGUUAAUAGUAAACAGCGUCCGGAUGUGAGAUCACUGUUCAACAACUCCGACAACGCUGACAGCACUCGUGUCCAACCAAUUAUUAUCACUGAUAACGAGAUAACAGAAAGGGAUGGAUUGGGUUUGUCGUCGUCUCCGAACACAUUGAAUGUACCGCCGAUUCCUGUGCCACGAAGGGGUUCAUCGCCUGAUCUCCAGAAGAUGUCUACGGGAAGAGAGAGGACACACUCGACACCACCCGAACCCGACUUGGAUAACGAUUUAAUGAAAUACAAAACUAAACCAAAUUAUCUGAAUAUAAGUAAGUCUACGACUAAUCUGAAGAAGGAGUCGUCCAGUCGUUUCAGUUGGUCCGGCUAUAAGAAGGCCUUCAGACUUGCGACGGCGGAAAAGCAAAAGUUUCAGUCUCUG